GGGGAUAGGAGCGCGCAAGAGGAAAGGAGAAAAAAACGCCCCAGUACGCUGGCGGAACGGGGUCACGAACUAUGACCUUUCACAGAUGAGAAACAUAAACAAAUACUUUUCAUAAAGCCGACUUCCAAAUUCAACGUAUUUUAAUCUGGCAGGUGUGGCUGGAGCCACUCCACGCAGGCUUCACUCAUGACUUUGUAUCGCCAUGAGCACCAAUAUGGAGGUGCUGACUCAGCAGGCCGUGGCAACUGAUCAGGUGACAGAGGUGCAAACCUCCCCCUCAGACUCCUCCAUCAUGACUAGCUCUCCCCAGCGCAUCCAGAUUAUCUCCACCGACUCUGCUGUCAGCACGCCACAACGCAUACAGAUUGUGACGGAUCAGCAGACGGGCCAGAAGAUCCAGAUCGUGACGGCGGUGGACCCAACAUGCAGCCCCAAGCAGCAGCAGUUCAUCCUGGCCGCGCCGGACGGUACCGGGGCCAGCAAGGUGAUCCUGGCCGCGCCUGAGAGCCAGACCGCCAAACAGCUCAUCUUCACCACCGCAGAUAGCCUGGUGCCCGGCAGAAUACAGAUAGUGACGGAUGCGGUGUCUAUGGAAAGGCUGCUGGGGAAGGCAGGAGAGGUGGGCCGAGCCCAGCCUGUGGAGUACUGUGUGGUCUGUGGAGACAAGGCCUCAGGGAGGCACUAUGGGGCCGUCAGCUGUGAGGGCUGUAAAGGUUUCUUCAAGCGGAGCGUCCGUAAGAACCUGACCUACAGUUGCCGUAGUAACCAAGACUGCGUCGUCAACAAGCACCACAGAAACCGAUGCCAGUUCUGCCGCCUCCGCAAGUGCCUGGAGAUGGGCAUGAAGAUGGAAUCUGUGCAGAGCGAGAGGAAGCCGAUGGAGUUGCCGAGGGAGAAGCCGGCCAACUGUGCAGCCUCCACUGAGAAGAUCUACAUCCGCAAAGACAUGAGGAGCCCCCUCAUCGCCACGCCCACCUUCAUCACCGACAAGGACGGAACACGGUCUGGCCUGCUGGACCCUGGUAUGCUGGUGAACAUCCAGCAGCCUCUCAUCCAGGCAGACGGCACACUGCUGUUGGCAGCCGACACAAAGGCAGAGUCGAGUCAGGGGGACCUGGGGACACUAGCCAACGUGGUGACGUCACUCGCCAACAUGAACGAGGCCCUCAACAACGGAGACGCCAUUGCCGACUCGCCACAAGAGGAGGAUGAAUCUGCCAGUGAAAUCACACGUGCCUUUGACACGCUGGCCAAAGCGCUGAACCCCAGCGAGGCGGGGGCGGGGCAGGACCUGGGUGAGUCAGAGUGUGUGGGCGGAGCCACCAUCCAGGUGAUCAGUCGCGACCAGGUGACACCACUCAUCGAGGUGGAGGGACCGCUGCUCACCGACACACACGUCACCUUCAAGUUGACGAUGCCCAGUCCGAUGCCCGAGUAUCUGAAUGUCCACUACAUCUGUGAGUCUGCGUCACGCCUGCUUUUCCUCUCUAUGCACUGGGCACGCUCCAUACCAGCCUUUCUCGCUCUUGGGCUGGAAUGUCACACAGCACUGGUGCGAGCGUGCUGGAAUGAGCUCUUCACGUUGGGCCUGGCCCAGUGCUCACAGGUCAUGAACCUCUCCACCAUACUGGCGGCCAUCAUCAACCACCUGCAGACCAGCAUACAGGAUGAGAAGCUGUCUGGGGAACGCAUCAAGCUGGUGAUGGAGCACAUCUGGAAGCUCCAGGAGUUCUGCAACAGCAUGGCCAAGCUGGACACAGACGGAUACGAGUACGCCUACCUGAAGGCCAUCGUGCUCUUCAGCCCAGACCACCCAGGCCUGAAUAACAGCGGCCAGAUAGAGAAGUUUCAGGAGAAGGCCCAGAUGGAGCUGCAGGAUUAUGUGCAGAAGACCUACCCAGAGGACACCUACAGGUUGGCGCGUAUCCUGAUGCGUCUCCCUGCGCUGCGCCUGAUGAGUUCGGCCAUCACGGAGGAGCUCUUCUUCACCGGCCUGAUCGGCAACGUGCCCAUAGACAGCAUCAUCCCCUACAUCCUCAAAAUGGAGACCGCCGACUACAACAGCCAGAUCACCGGCACUACCGCGUGACACCACCCGCACACACUCCCACAUAGAUUUCAUUGUGGUGUGUGUGUGUGUGUGUGUGUGUGUGUGUGUGUGUGUG